UUUCCUGGGUGGAGUCAGGAAGCGAUUUCCAGCUCAGCUCAGCUCGGCUCACAUCCACCCAGAGCGGCCCCGGAUCCCAGCCCAGCCCAGCCCAGAGUGGGACCUGCACAGCGGUCUGGGUGUGCAAGGAGUGUGCAAGAGGUGUGGGUGGGUGGGUGUGCAAGGAGUGUGUGUGAGUGUGUGUGUGGCCUGUGGACGGAAGAGCUUCUUCUCCACUGCGGGAAAUGGCUGACGAGAAGCGAGUAGAGCUGUUUGUGAAGGCUGGCAGUGAUGGCCAGAGCAUUGGGAACUGCCCAUUCUCCCAGCGUCUCUUCAUGGUUCUCUGGCUGAAGGGAGUCACCUUCAACGUCACCACAUUGGAUAUGAGGAAGAAAUUCGAGAACCAGUUCCUGCAGGACUUGGCCCCCGGGGCCCAGCCGCCGUUCCUGCUGUACGACAACGAGGUGAAAACGGACACCAACAAAAUCGAGGAAUUCCUGGAGGAAAUUCUCUGCCCUCCCAAGUACCCUCGUCUUGCAGCAAGGAAUCCAGAGUCCAACACUGCCGGUAACACUGUCUUCUCCAAGUUCUCUGCCUACAUCAAGAACUCCAACCCUGCAACGAACGACACGUUGGAGAAGGGGCUGGUGAAGUCGUUGGGCAAGCUGGACGAAUAUCUGAACUCGGCCUUGCCCGAGGAGAUCGACGAGAACUCUGCCGAGGACAUCGGCGUGUCCACCCGGAAGUUCCUGGACGGCAACGAGCUGACACUUGCCGACUGCAACCUCCUGCCCAAACUCCACAUCGUACAGGUGGUAAGUCGGAAAUAUCGAGGCUUUGAGCUUCCCAAGCAGUUCACUGGUGUUUGGAGGUAUCUGGGAAACGCCAAGGACUGCGAGGAGUUCGCGAACACUUGCCCGAAGGACGAGGAGAUCGAGCAGGCCUACGCCAUGGUCGCCAAGGCUCUCAAGUGAAGGGCCCUCCCUUCAGGAUCGCCCCGCAAAGUUCUGAACUUGGCGGGCGGAAGGAACGCAGCCAAUCAGUCUCAGCACAGCGGCCAACACGAUAUUCGAGAGUUUUCACCUCCCACCCCAUUUUUUUUUUUUUUGAAGUUUGAAAAAGUAUUUUCCCUGCAAACUUAGGUCAACUCUCUUCUCUUGAUUUUGGCUUUUCUCCGAAAAUAAAUAUUUAUGUUACAG